GUUUUGUUUUGCAGCCACACAAGAGUUGAGUUGACCAAACCAAACUGCUAACAAAUACACAUUUCAUUCAUUCACUUCCUCUGCUUCUCUCUUCUGUCCUCUCUCUCUUAUUCUGUUGCAAGGUUUCUCCUUUUGUCUCCACCCCUAUUUCCCGCCACCUUCCUUUCAUUCACCCUUUUCAUAUUCCUUCUCUCUCUCUCUCUUUCUCUUUACCUUCUGAUCUGAUCUAAGCUGCUAACUAAGGUUGUUAACGCUGUGCUGCGUGCUAGCUAUCUUCAUUCUUCAGGCAAUGAAAGCUUGGGAGAACAUUAUUUUUCCGGCCAUUAUGUUCUGAGUGAAUUUAGUAUUUCACUUUGAGAUCUGCUGUGCAAAAUCUGUUUCCAAAAUCCAAUAUUGGAACAGUAAUUUAUUACAAAUUUGGAGUAAGAUGUCUAGUGAACCGGCUCCCAAACCGCGAUUGGUGUUAUGUCCUAAAUGCUGGCAACUUCUUCCAGAGUCUCCAAAUUAUGAUGUGUACAAGUGUGGUGGAUGUGGCACGACUCUUCAAGCUAAGAAACGAAGAAGUAAGGCUGUGAACUCGGAAUCCAGUACGUGUGAAACUGUUGCAGCUCCUAGAAAUGCAUUGGAUCCUAAAGCUGAUGAUAAACAAAACAGCAAUGGAGAGCAGCUAGUUAAUUAUCAGGAGAAUGGUAUGAGGAAAAAGUCGAUUAGUUCUUCGUCAAGAGAAUGUUCUUUGGAUGGAAAUGAUAGAAAGGGUCAAAUUGAAAAUGGUGAGUGCAGUGGAGAGAAACUAGUUGCUUCUCAGGAGAAUGGCUUCAAAGAAAGAGCAACUAGUUCUUCCUCAGUUGAAUGUUCUUUAAAUGGAAAUGGUGAAAGGGAUCACAUUGAAGAUGGUGAAUGCUAUGGAGAGCAGCUAGUCACUUCUCAGGAGAAUGGUUUCAGGGAAAAAGCAGCUAGUUCUUCCUCAGGAGAAUGUUCUUUGAAUGGAAAUGGUGGAAAGGAUCACAUUGAAGAUGGUAAAUGCAAUGGAGAGCAGCCAGAUAUUUCUCAGGAGAAUGAUUUGAGGGCAAAAAUAACUAGUUCUUCCUCAGGACAAUGUUCUUUGAAUGGAAAUGGUGGAAAGGGUCAAAUUGAAAAUGGUGAAUGCAUUGGAGAGCAACGAGUCACUUCUCAAGAGGAUGGUCUGUGGGAAAAAGGAACUAGUUCUUCUUCCGGAGAAUGUUCUUUGGAUGGAAAUGAUGGAAGGGAUCAAGUUGGAAAUGGUGACUGCAAUGGAAAGCGGUUUGUACAGAUUAAUUCACCAGAAGAAGAACUGGAAAAUGAAAUGGAUGUCCAUAAAUUAUCAGAUAUGAGAAGGCAUAUAAUGUCCAACAAUGGUUAUUCAGAUGAGUUAACUCACUUUGAGAUUGAGGCCUCAGCAGAAUUGAUGGUAGAGAGUUCAGUAGAAAAUGCAAAGAAUGCAAACUUGCAACAAGAAGGAGAAGAGAUAAGUAAUGGAAAUGUGCCAUUAGAAGGAGCAGUGGAGCAACUAAUCAGUGCACGGGAUAAAGAAGAUGCAAGUGAUGAGAAAUUUGCUCCAGUACAGGUAAAGUCUGAAGUGGACAUUGCUAGAAAUGAUAUAGAAGUAGUAGAAGAGUUAAAUAAUGGAAACUUGUUACUAGAAGGAGCCGAACAAGAAUUAUUUUCUGAAUCAGAUAGAGAAGUUAAUAAUGACAAACCCCCUCUAAUUGGUGCAAAGCCUGAAGUGGACAUCCAUGGAAGCAAAAAGGCAGGAUCAGAAGCAUUAAAUAACAGAAAGUUGUCAUUAGAGGUGAGAGAAGAGGUGUUGAGUUUGUGUGCAUCAGAUGGUGAAGAUCCUAAACAUAACCAAUCAGGUCUAGUGGGAGAAAUAUCUGAAGAAGGAAACAUUUCACGUACUUACCCUUGUGAACUUGAAGAAGGUAGUAAUCAUGCAUCUUCCAAAACCAUUCACCAUACCUUCAACCAUGUAAGAUCUGUGGAUACAUUUGACAACACAGAAGCAAUUCAUCCUGGUUUUGAGACUAGUGGUACUCUGGGAGGAUUGUCUAAAGCCUCAACCUCUCGAAUCUAUCAUGCCUAUGAUGGCAGUAUCUCUUCAAAUGAUGGGGUGGAUGAGCAGUUCCCUAAUCAAUAUUUAGAUUCUUUUGAGACUUCCACUGUUGCUAAUGGUGUUUCUGAGGGAGGGUCCAGAAAGGGAAAAGGCCUUGUUAACAGCGCACUACAUGGAGAUCUUGAAACACAACAGCAAUCAUAUUUUGCCGAGAGAAAGCCUCAUGUCCCAAAAGACAGCAGGAGGAAUCAAAAUGAAGUGUCAGAGACAACAAGACAUGGUCAUGCACAUUGGAUGAGAACAAAAAAAGAUGAGUUUCCACCCAAAAUUCCUCACCGUCAAAGUGGUUCACAAUCUGGCUAUGAAAGUGGCAGCACAUCAAAUCAAAUGCAAGAUGAGUUCUACUGCAGCUCAAGCUAUCUUUCACCUGACUCAUUUGAUGACCCUGACCAUGAGAAGAUGAAACUGUUGAGAAUGGUUUAUAAAUUGCAGGAUCAACUCAACAGAACUAGCUAUGCAAGUGGGGAAACAAAUGGAAGACCAUUCAUGGGAAGCCAAAUUUCUGCAUACCAAAGCCAUGAUCUUCAUGAAAGAAAAUUUUAUCAUGGUUUGGAUUACCCCAGGUGUGAUGGAAUAUGUAGUAGUCAUGGAAUCAACUGCUUCCAAAAGCAUAAUUUUUCAAGGAUACCGUAUAUAGCUGAGCCAACAAGUAGUACACACCUUGUUGAUCAUUCUCGUUUUCCUUGCUGUCAGCAGCAGUGGCAAUGCUCAGCAGAGUUGCCUCGGCGUGUUCUUUAUCAGCAUGAUGAGUUAUAUAGGCCUAGUCCAGAUCACAAUUGUUGCUCACCUCACCAUUCCUAUGCCUCAAGUCCACAAUGGUUCACCUCAAACCUCCUAGCACAUGGCCAUGAAACAAAAUCUUGUGAUCAGAGGCUUAGGCCUGAGGUGAAGAAACAUUUUAGGGAGAAACCGAUGUUGACUAGGCGACAUUACCGGCCAGUAGCAGGUGGAGCACCAUUUGUCACAUGUCAUAAAUGCUUUAAGCUGCUGCAACUGCCUGCAGAUUUCCUCCUUUUCAAAAGGGUAUGUCACCAGCUCAAAUGUGGUGCAUGUCAAGAGAUACUCAAAUUUUCUCUGCAGAACGGAAGUCAUAUAGUCUCUUAUGCACCAAAUGCUCUAGAGCCUCCAUCAUCAAGUUACCUUGAUGACCAAAACGAGGUGAUCGAUGGCCUCAAUCCACAUUCAGAAUCUCACGCCAACAACUACCAUUCUCCACCCGCAGAUCACGUUUCAUAUUCUGAUGAUUGUGGCCCUUCUGUUGGUAAAACGACCUACUCCUCAGAAGGAGAUCCUGUGUCUGUGACACCAUUACAUCCCUUGCAUGGAAGUGCAUAUGAUAAGUCAAUAAUAGAGAAGGAAAAGACUGCUACAAGGGGUCCUAGUGCAAGUACAAGUAAGGCUCCAGUGGAAACAGAUGAACUAGCUGUGAACUCCUCCAAUGUGUCAUCAGAAACGGAGGCACAUUCACUGCCAAAAAGUUCACCACUUCAUCAACUGAUGGGUUAUUCCUCACCAAGGCAAGUGAUAACAGGGAUUCCAUAAUUUUUUUGAAGGAGAAGAGCACAUACUCGAUGGAGAAAAUGAUCUGGAUCAUAACUCUCUAGAGAACUGAAAUGUCAUACAAUGGUUCAGAUGACAAUUCAGUUUAUUCUAUUUAUGGUGUAUCCAAAGUGAAGCUUGGAAAAUCAAGAAUGGGGAGAGUUUUUUUUAUCCAAAUUUGGGAUCUAGUUAUGAUGCAUCCACACAAAAGCUUAUUUUGUUUAUUCCUAUUGAACAAGGGCAAUAAGAUUGACUUGUUGCUCCAUCAUUCAAUUUUUGUGUGUAACAUUUUGGCAUCAGAUGCUGAAAAUAUAUUCCAUGUAAAGAUAUGAUUUUGGUGUGUAUAGAAGUAAUUAUCGAGUGUA